UUUCCUUCUCCAAACUACUCUCUCUCUCUCUCUCUCUCUCUCAACCCGUGAAGAAGCUAACACUUUCACGUUCAGUAAACAACAAAACAAAAAUCACACUCUACACUAACACUACAUACUACACACACUCGCCAAUUGGAAUUCAAUCAAAAUCACAAACCCUUCCAUUUUUCCCCAAUGUCGCUUCUUUCCUUCUUCACAUUCUUCAUCUUUUUCUUCUUCACACCCACCCUUGCUUCCACCGAGUUUGACUUUGGAACUUUAACGCUCAGUUCUCUCAAGCUCCUCGGCGACGCUCACUUGAACAACGGAACUGUCAGCCUCACGCGCGACCUUCCCGUCCCCAACUCCGGCUCCGGCAGAGCCUUAUAUUCUCGUCCGGUCAGAUUCCGCCAACCGGGAAACCAUUCUCCGGCCAGCUUCCGAACCUUCUUCUCAUUUUCUGUAACCAAUCUCAACCCUUCAUCAAUUGGCGGCGGCCUCGCAUUUGUCCUCUCGCCGGACGACGACUCCCUCGGCGACGCCGGCGGAAGUCUCGGCCUCGCCGCCGCCGCCACGAAGUUCGUCGCCGUUGAAUUCGACACGUUAAUGGACGCUGAGUUCAAGGACAUUAACGGUAACCACGUCGGCGUGGACUUAAAUAGCAUGGUUUCGGCGAAGGUUUUCGACUUGGGAUUCAUCAAUGUCGAUCUCAAAAGCGGUGACACGGUGAACGCGUGGAUCGAGUUCGAUGGAUCAACAACGGUUUUAACGGUUUGGGUCUCGUACUCGAAUCUGAAACCGAAAGACCCCAUUUUGACAAUGAAUCUUGACGCCGAUCGAUACUUCAACGAUUUUAUGUAUGUAGGGUUUUCUGGUUCUACACAAGGAAGCACCGAGACUCACAGUGUUGAAUGGUGGAGCUUUAGCUCUUUCUUUCCGUCGUCGUCGGCGGGGGCGGCGGCGCCGCCACCGCCGGCGGUUACUCUGAUGAACCCGGGGGCUAAUUCAGCUGGUUCUUCGUCGUCGUUGUCGCCACCGCCAUCAAUUGCACCUUCAGUGGCACAAAAGGAGAGUAAGUCGUCUUCUUGCCACAAUGGUUUGUGUAAAGAAAAUUUGGGUGCGGUUGCCGGUGUUGUUACUGCUGGUGCUUUUGUUCUUGCUUUAUUUGCUGGUGCUUUGAUUUGGGUUUAUUCUAAGAAAUUCAAGCGUGUUAAGAAAUUGGAUACACUUGGUUCUGAGAUUAUUAAGAUGCCUAAGCAGUUUAGUUAUAAGGAGUUGAAGGCUGCUACUAAGUGUUUCAAUGCUAAUAGGAUCAUUGGUCAUGGUGCUUUUGGUACUGUGUAUAAAGGUGUUAUGCCUGAGAAUGGAGAAAUUGUUGCGGUGAAGAGGUGUAGCCACAGUAGUCAAGGUAAGAAUGAGUUCUUGUCUGAGUUGUCCAUAAUUGGAACCCUUCGGCACCGGAAUCUUGUUAGGCUUCAGGGUUGGUGUCACGAGAAAGGCGAGAUUUUGUUGGUGUAUGACUUGAUGCCUAAUGGGAGUUUGGAUAAGGCUUUGUUCGAGGCCCGGAUGCCUCUGCCUUGGUCUCACCGGAGAAAGAUUUUGUUGGGGGUGGCAUCCGCAUUGGCCUACUUGCAUCAAGAGUGUGAGAAUCAGGUUAUUCAUAGGGAUAUUAAGACUAGUAACAUAAUGUUGGAUGAAGGGUUUAAUGCCAGGUUGGGGGAUUUUGGUUUGGCAAGGCAAACUGAGCAUGAUAAGUCUCCGGAUGCCACAGUGGCGGCCGGAACAAUGGGGUACCUGGCGCCCGAGUAUCUCCUUACUGGCAAAGCUACUGAGAAGACUGAUGUGUUUAGUUACGGGGCGGUGGUCCUUGAGGUUGCUAGUGGGAGAAGACCAAUAGAGAAAGAUGCUACUGGGGCUGGAAAAGGCGGUGUUAGUAGCAAUUUGGUAGAAUGGGUUUGGACUUUGCAUAGGGAAGGGAGGUUGCUAUUGGCGGCAGACCCGAGACUCGAGAACGAAUUCGACGAAGCGGAGAUGAGGAGGGUGCUGAUGGUUGGGCUAGCUUGCUCGAACUCGGACCCGUUGGCUCGGCCUUCGAUGAGGAGUGUGGUUCAGAUGCUGGUUGGUGAUGCUGAAGUUCCUAUUGUCCCAACAACAAAACCAAAUACAGGUUUAAGUACCUCACACUCUCAACUCUUAUUGAGCUUGCAAGAUAGUGUAUCUGACAUUGACGGAAUAAUCACCAUUUCUACCUCAACUUCAGAGAACAGCUUCAGUGGUAUAGAUAUAGUCUGAGUUGGAAAAUCUUAUAAUUAUUGACUCAAUAGUGUAAAUAGAAGAUUAUUCAUUUGUUCAUGUAUGUAAAUGAUUUAAUAACAUGCAAUUAAGAGGCCUUGAGGAAAGGAAUUUUGGGGGGGUGGGUUAAAGGUAAUGCAAUUUGUGCCUCUAGUACUCAUAGUUCAUGGCAGAGUGCUGGUGUGUGUACAACUUUUUUGGGCACAAACUAAUUGGAGUGAUUCAUUUCAUUCUAAAGGGCAAUGCAAAAAUGUUGGUGUCAAAAUGCUGCUACAAGUUAAUGAUCUAUGGAAGGUUAUGGAAACUCUACAUUAGUUAUGUAAUUGAUGGAUGAUAAGCAAGGUUUUCUUUGGGGAAACUUGAUUUAAAGGUACCAUGGUACUAAUAAAAGAUAAAUAUUUAUCUAAAGCAUUCACCUUUGA